AUGGCGCCACCACCACUGGAGGCGACCAAUGGUAACACGUGCUGGCGAAUGCACCUUGGCCUCAUUGCUCCCUCCUUUCCCGAGGGUCUGGUGCUGCUACGCUGGACGGAAAUACAUGACCUUGAAAAGGUGGAGCCGCCACCGCCGCUAUCACCAUCCCUUGGCUCUAGCAUUCUUGGAACUCCCCUAUCGUCCCCUGCGGAGGCUCCUCUCAGGGCCCUGAGCCACCGAUAUCUCCCCGCUCCAGUCGAGGGCACCUCUCUCGACUACGAUGCCCCAGGCCGACGCAAAUGCAGUGUGAGUGACUUAAAGUCGUGUUGGUCCACGUCCCUGUAUCCGAGAGUGAUUAGCUAAAUUCGGUAAUUUUGGUCAUCCUAAAUUUGUUUGCAAUACUACUAAGCAUGGAACAUCCCCCUUCUCAUCGUAGCAUUUCGUCUUCUCAUGGAACGUCUUUUAGAUCCAUGCUGCAGUGGACCGGGCAGGUAAACUUGACCCGCCGUGGACCCUCCUAGCUCAGAUGGCCAGAGCGUUAGCUAUACUCAGGCCUUCCCCUUUUUGUCGCGGGUUCGAAUCCCGCCGGGAAUGCCGAGUUUUUACAGUUGGAUCAAAAUAAGUUAGUCAGUCUUACCUAUAUAGGUAGUUAUCCUAACAAAAGGACAUGUCAGAGAAUUUAUUUCAUAGUUACAUUCGACUCGUUACUCUUAAAAAAUGUUUAAUGUUCUACUUUCCUCUUCACAGUAUAUCUUUAUGCAAAGGCGACGAUUCUUGAAAAGUUUGUAUCAUAAAGUCAUCUCGGAAAUUUUUACUUAACUAGACCGGAGGGUUAACUUUCUUUUAAAAGGCGGGCAAUAAGCACUCGCGAUUAUCAUUUGAUUAUGCAUGUCUUCUACUGCCCACACUCAUCUGCCUAAGGCGCAUACAAUCUAUUCCAGAUAUGUUACGUUUUCCCCAACUAAACUCGAACCUUAGUUACAGAGGCAGUCUGCGCAUUCGUGAUUUUUAACUGGACCAUCAAAGGACCUUUUCUUGUGAGGAGAACGACCUAGGCACUUUAAGCCUGACUUACUUUGUAAGGCUAUGGAAUAAUAAAGGUAGACAUAGGGUACUCUGGCAUUGUGGGCGAUUAACUUUACUCACGGCUCCCGGCGAUGAGCCUCGUAGCUCAGGUGGCUAGGGCGUUGGUUGUCGUGGGUUCGAAUCCCACCGAGCUCGCCGAGUUUUACGCAGUCGAGUCAAAAUGGAUUGAGGAUUUAUCACAUGCGUGACACAUGAGAAGGACGGCAUGUCUCACUAAUCAAUUCGUUGAUCGCACUUCAGACUGUCUUGAUUUUCUCUUGUCUUUAACGUUGCCUGAGAGAGAGCAGAAAGAUUGAAUGCAAGCCGGCCUGAAAUUUUCUUACCUGGAGCGUAUUUAUGAUACUACACGCUCAGUGAAUCAGGGGUUCGUGCCGCGACAGCUCCUUCUGAAUGUGGCUGUGGCAUCAUAUCUUACAGAUAGGAGGUCUGAGUGUGGCUCCUGUCAUGAGAUAGUGAAGGUGGACGUAGGAUGACCUGGCCUGUGGGCGGGAGGCGCUGGCGACCACGAGCUCUUCACCAACGCAUUUUGAGUUUAAUCAGUAGCUGAUGGAUUUAUGCUGAUCCUGAGAAAAGCUUUAUUUCUAAAAAAUUUACUCUAACAAGUUCGCGCAUUAAUUAGAAAGGGCACUGUUGAUCGGUCCGUUGGGGGUGUCCGCUUUGCACUGAACCUAUGGAUUUAUGCGCCGAGGGUGUCACCACUGUUAGUGGUCCGUGCGUUACAAGCUGACGCGGUCAUUUUUCCGCCCAGUUUCACCAGCACCGUCAGUUAAUGCGCACCCCCUCCAUAUAUCAAUGCACCCUGAUGUUUUCGCGGCACAUGCUCUCCCAUAAUAUGCUGAAGCGCUUGUGGGCUGCUGUUGGGAGUACAUGCACUCCCGAAAUCAAGAGUCAGACAAUCACUGGAGACCACGCACGAUUUCCUCUAGAGCCAUGUCAGCAUGAUCUUGGUGCCUCACCAUUGGCUGCCCACCUCGAGCCUGAUUGAUCCGUGUAUUCGAAUUAUCGAUCAGUUUGUCCGGAAUUUUCUUCUCGAAGUGCAUUGGGCGGAAUGCCUUCGAAUGCCAGUAGGAUGUUAUAACUACGCGUUACUUUCCCAGUUUCCUAAUACACUUUUCCAUGGCCGGCCAUGUUCUCCUUCUUUGCUGCGUUGGCAUUGGGGAGCGGAGUCGAGUGCGCAUACGCUCCGGGUGAUUUCAUGGUACCAGGCCGGGUCAUAACAGCUGCCCAGUUUGUUAAGGCAGCAACAGGGACAAUUGCUCAACAGUCAACAGAGCUCUUCUUGGCCGCUGUAUAAAUUGCACAGCGCUCUUGUACUUUCAAGUUCUCUGUAGUGGAUACUUGAUCAAACCUCUGGGCAAGUUGUUCGCAUCAGAUCUGGUAAUCUGACCUUGGUUUGUCUAAACUUGCAGAAUUUCUCAAUGAAGGCCAUCUUCCGAUCUACAAAUACUUCCGACGUAAUUGCUCCUCGCACCGGUAUGUUGUCCGUUUCGUCCUCAGCUCAAAGAAUGUAUGAUAUGGCCUACCAGCGGUCGUUUCUUCUGCCGCUUGUUAAGAAGCUGGUUGAACAUUUGAGUUUCUUCGUGUGGAAGGAUCUGCAUUAG